AUGCCAAAUUUUACUGGAUUCCCCCCAGAUUACCUCGUCUCCUCCUCCUCCUCUGAAGUUCCACUCCUCGUCAAUGACGUGAGGCGCUUGACAGAAGCGGCCAGAGACGCAGCCACAAAACUGUACAAAGGACGGCCCAGAUACUGGAUCUUCAACUUUAACCUCGAGAACAUGCCCCACGUCAUGGUGCAAAUCAUGCUCUUCGGCGACAUCACGAAACCAGAAUCGAAUUCGCCGGAAGAUCUGGAAAGAUUGAUCAGGCAGUACAUAAAAAACAAGAUUGACCGGGAGCUACGAAAAAAGCACAAGGGCGAUGAUCCCAAGAAAGAUUAUUACACUGUAGAAGGGCGGUUGGACUAUUUGGGGGCGGCGCUGGAGGACUUGAGAUUGAUGGAGGAUCGUAUCCAUGAGGUGAAGGCAGGUCUGGUGGGGCAGAGGUUUCCAUUAAAGUAUUCGGGGUAA